UGUUUGUGUGUGUACGUGUGUUUUAGUGUGUCGGUGUAUGUGUGUGGAAGCGCAAUAAGUGUGUUUUUGCUUUUCUCCGGGCUGUGUUUCUCACUCCUGUCCGCCCACAGCACCAAACUGACCCUUCCAGCUCCGAAACACAAACACAACUGAGACACUUCCAGCAAGAUCAUGUUUUAAUGGCUUAACCGCGGAGCUCCGGUCCGGUUUUAUUCGGUUCGGCAGCGACUCUGGGCGGGUUCGAUGCUGCUGGACUCGCUGAGGAAGUUAAGUGGUUCUCUGUGUGCGGCAGGGUUGAGACCUUAUAAACUCCAGAGAGGACAGAAGAUGUCAAGAAAAUGAUAGCAGCUCAAGACCUACAAGCGGACUUCCACCAGGAAGGACACUCUCAGUUUUCCGACACCGAUCUUGAAGAUCUUGAGGGUCGGAAUGCCAAACCUGGAAAAGGAAAGAGGGGGAAGAAAACCCCAAAUCAAAAGACAAAGGCAUCAGAGGGGAGAGGUCAGGGUCGAGUGAAUGGCCACCAUCAGGAGAAUGGCAUGGAGAAUCUCAGUUUGUUUGAGAUUGUCAAAUUGGGCAAGAGUGCCACCCAGUCUGUUGUUGAUGACUGGAUCGAGUCCUAUAAGAUGGACAGAGACACUGCACUGAUGGAACUCAUCAACUUCUUCAUCCACUGCUCUGGCUGUAAAGGUGCGGUGAGCUCAGAGAUGUUCCGCCAUAUGCAGAAUUCUGAGAUCAUCAGGAAAAUGACAGAGGAAUUUGAUGAGGACAGCGGAGAUUACCCGCUGGCGAUGGCAGGUCCGCUGUGGAAAAAGUUUAAACAGAGCUUGUGUGAGUUCAUCAUGGUUCUGGUCCGACAGUGCCAGUACAGCAUCAUCUAUGACGAAUACAUGAUGGACACUGUCAUUUCGCUCCUCACGGGCCUGUCGGACUCGCAGGUCAGAGCGUUUAGACACACCAGCACCCUCGCAGCUAUGAAGCUGAUGACCGCUUUAGUGAACGUUGCUCUGAAUUUGAGCAUCAACAUGGACAACACACAGCGACAAUACGAGACGGAACGCAAUAAGAGCAUUGGCAAGCGAGCUAACGAACGCUUAGAGCUUCUGCUGCAGAAGCGCAAAGAGCUCCAGGAGAACCAGGAUGAGAUUGAGAACAUGAUGAAUGCCAUUUUUAAAGGUGUUUUCAUCCACAGAUACAGGGAUGUGAUAGCUGAGAUUAGGGUGGUCUGCAUUGAGGAGAUUGGAAUGUGGAUGAAGUUGUACAGUGAGGCGUUUCUCAACGACAGUUAUCUGAAAUACGUGGGCUGGACCAUGUAUGAUAAGCAAGGUGAGGUUCGUCUGAAGUGUCUUACAGCUCUUCAGAGUUUAUAUUAUAGCAGAGAACUUAACUCCAGACUGGAACUCUUCACCAGCCGCUUCAAGGAUCGUAUUGUGUCAAUGACUUUGGAUAAGGAGUAUGAUGUUGCUGUUCAGGCCAUUAAGCUGCUGACGCUGGUUCUGCAGAGUAGUGAUGAAGUCUUAACAGCCGAAGACUGUGAGAGUGUCUAUCACCUGGUUUACUCCGCCCACCGACCUGUCGCAGUGGCAGCUGGGGAGUUUCUCUACAAAAAGUUAUUCAGUCAUCACAGUGCAGAGGAUGAAGAGCGGCCCAGGAGAGGCAGACAGUGUUUGAAUGCCAACCUCAUCAGAACAACUGUUUUGUUCUUUCUGGAGAGUGAGCUUCAUGAGCAUGGCGCCUACUUGGUGGACAGUUUGUGGGACUGUGCGUCAGAGCUUCUGAAGGACUGGGAGAGUAUGAUCAGUCUGCUUCUGGAUGAGCCGUACCCUGGGGAAGAAGCACUCACAGAUGCUCAGGAAGCUGCUCUUGUUGAGAUCAUGCUCUGUGCUGUCAGACAGACGUGCGAGUGUCACCCGCCUAUCGGACGCAGCUCCGGUAGAAGGGUUCUGACUGCUAAAGAAAAAAAAACCCAACUGGAUGAUCGAACAAAGAUCACAGAAACAUUUGCGGUGGCUCUGCCUCUGUUACUAGCUAAAUAUUCAGUGGACCCAGAGAAGGUCACAAAUCUUCUGCAGUUUCCUCAGUAUUUUGAUUUGGAGAUCUAUACAACUGGCCGGCUUGAAAAGCAUCUGGAUGCAUUGCUCCGUCAAGUCCGUGACGUGGUGGAGAAGCACACAGAAACAGACGUGUUGGAGGCUUGUUCCAUGACGUUCCACGCACUGUGCAAUGAGGAAUUUACUAUCUAUAAUCGUGUAGACAUUGUCCGCAGCCAGAUGAUCGAUGAACAGGUUGACAAGUUCCACCGCCUGCUGGAGGAUUUCCUGCAGGAGGGGGAGGAGCCUGAUGAAGAUGACGCCUAUCAGGUUUUGUCGACGCUUAAGAGAAUCACAGCCUUCCACAAUGCCCAUGACCUCACUAAAUGGGACCUUUUUACCAGCAACUACAAGCUAUUGAACGCUGGUCUGCAAAACGGGGACAUGCCUGAGCAGAUCGUGGCCCACGCACUCCAGUGCACUCACUAUGUCAUACUCUGGCACUUGGCUAAACUCUCAGAGGGCACCACUAAUAAGGAUCAUCUGGUGCUCUUGCGGAGGCAGGUGAGAGCAUUUUGUCUGAUGUGCCAGAGUUAUCUAAACAGCAUCAGCACUGCUGUGAAAGAACAGGCCUUCACAAUUCUUUGUGAUGCCCUCCUGAUCUUCAGUUACCAGAUUGUGUCGUCUGGAAGGGAGAGUUUAGAGCCGCUGGUGUUCAGUCCAGACGCAUCCUUACAGAAUGAACUUAUCAACUUUAUCCUCGAUCAUGUGUUUGUUGAACAGGAUGAGGACAGCAGCACAGAUGAUGAGGCCGGCAAGAUCGAAGCACUCCACAGACGCAGGAAUUUACUUGCUGCCUUUUGUAAGUUGAUCAUCUACAACGUGGUGGAGAUGAAGAUAGCAGCAGAUGUCUUCAAACAGUACAUGAGAUACUAUAAUGAUUACGGUGACAUCAUUAAGGAGACCAUGAGUAAAGCACGUCAGAUUGACAAGAUUCAGUGUGCCAAGACUCUUAUCCUCAGUCUGCAGCAGCUGUUUAAUGAGAUGCUGAGUGAUCUGGGCUGUAACUUUGAUCGCUCCACAUCUGCGUUCUGUGGGAUUAAAGAACUGGCCCGACGCUUCUCACUCACAUUUGGACUCGAUCAGCUCAAAACCAGAGAGGCCAUCGCCAUGCUUCAUAAGGAUGGAAUAGAGUUUGCCUUUAAAGAGCCGAGUCCACAGGGGGAGGGUGGUCCUCCUCUCAACCUUGCAUUCCUUGACAUCCUCAGUGAGUUUUCAUCCAAACUACUGCGUCAGGACAAGAAGACUGUGCACCUGUAUCUGGAGCGCUUCAUGACAUUUCAAAUGGCCCUACAGAGGGACGACUGCUGGUUGCCUCUCAUCUCCUACCGGAAUUCUCUGCAGACGGGCACAGACGAUGACACGCUGUCUGUCAUUAGCGGCAUGAGCAGAAGCUCUACCCGCAGUCGCAAGAGCAGAUCAACUACUGCCAGCAAGAGGAAGCUGCCUGAAGAGGAGAGCAGCUGUAGCAGUAGUGAUGUUAGCGCGUGGGUAGGACGCAUACAGGCAGCCCCGCACACGCCUAUGAUGAUGUCAUCACCCCACAUCGUCUCCACUGUCUUGCGGGAGCCGAAGAAGCCACGCCCCGAGCAGGGUUACAUGGGAGUUUACAGCAUGAGCAACGAAGCGCAACAGCAGCCUCUGCAGCAGCAGACUCUACAGCAGCCGCAGCAGCAAAUGGACUACAAUUCUCAGGUUGCGUGGAUGAUGGCCCAAAAGCAGCAGCAGGACAGGGCUAAUCUGCAGUAUGGCAAGAUGAGGGGCCACAUACAGCACACCAUUCGCCGUGGCAGCGGGUUGAUGGAGGAUGAUGAGGAACCUAUUGUUGAAGAUGUGAUGAUGUCAUCAGAGGAGCGACUAGAUGACCUUAAUGAGGGCAUGGACUUUGACACCAUGGACAUCGAUCUGCCUCCAUCCAAAAAUCGCAGGGAGAGAUCAGAGCUGAAACCAGACUACUUUGACCCUUCCUCCAUCAUGGAUGACUCGGUUCUCAAUGUCUCUAUGUUCUGAGCUGUGGGAAUCACAAUGACAUAACUAAAACGUUUCUCCUCUUCUGAUUUCCCCCCAUGGACAUAAUGAUGCUGUGUAUCUUACGCUCCUGAAAACACACCAUUGCUUUCCAUCUGUACAUAUGAGAACAGAUAAGGUUUUAGAGCACGACUCAUGUAUUCAUGAUCUUUUUUAAUGGACGUUUAAAAUAGCUGUUUUUUUUUAAACUCCUUGAGGAGUUUUGAUUUUUAGGCAAUUUUGUAAAGACAAUCAGUUGUAAAUUGACUUUAUAAUGAGGUGAUUUAAAUCUAAAUUUAUAUCUUUCCUUAAAAGGUUUAGACUUGCAGUGUCUCUGGCUGUUUUUUCGGUAUUUCUCUGUCGCGUUUUUUAUAUUUGUUUUGGAUUCCCUGAAGCAGGUUAAAUCUUACAUUGUGGUGAUAUUCCUCACUUCUGUUUUGUGUGAUGACUGAUUUAGUUUUUUCUAUUGGUCCUGAGUACUCAAAGCGCUUUUGCUGAUUGGGUAAAAUUUCAAUAGCCUGCCCCUCACUUGGAUAACUCGGUUUCAUUCAUUUUGGUAUAUCUUUUUAUUUCAGCUUUGAUUUCCGAUUAAUUCUUUAUAAAGGGCAUUGGCCCCAUUUUAAGAGAAAAGCUCUUUCUGCAGAAUAUCUCUAAUUUACUUAUUUUUUAAGAUUAGAGUUAGCUAUUAUAAUAUAUUGUUAUAUCUCUCUAAUAUAUAUAUAUAUAAUUAAUUAUAUAUAAAUAUAUAUUGAUUUGUUUUACACAACAUGUGUAAUGUAAUGUGAAUCGUUACUGAUUUUAUAUUUAACUUAAUGUUUUUAUGUUUGGUAUCCAACCUACUGUUUCAUUUACGCUAGAUCUGUCCUGAGAGAAUCACUGAAGUUGUAAUUUGGAAAAGCUCCACUGUGAAUGAUUCUUUGGUCUUUACCCUUUGUGUAAUUCAUUGACGUUUGGAUUCAGGUCGUGGGUUGUUUUGGGGUUUGUGUAGUUGGUAUAAUGAUGACUGUAAUAAUGGUGAAAAAUCUUGAUAAAUGUAACCAUGAUGAUUAGAUGCAUUUCUGCAGGGAGCUUUUGUUUAGGUUUGGAAAGGAAACAUGUCCAUAUGUUUUUCACAUAUCUUUGUCACACUUACAUUUUUUAUUAUUUCCUCUCGUAUGUCAUCUUAUUUCAGAAAGCGUGAGUGUAUGUAUUUUAAUGUAUUGGGCUGUACAUAAAUCCAAGAUGUUUUUAUUCUA